GCUAUCAGCCAAAGAGGAGCAGUCACGCUGUACGCUGUUGGUAGCGGCUGGCUAACAUUGCUAAGUUCGGAGUGGAUCAUGUCUGCUUCAAAGCCGGUCGAGCCCCAGUCUGGGAGCGGGCUACCCCGCUGGCAGCUGGCACUGUUGGUCGGGACUCCCAUCGUGCUCGGCGUGGGAGCGGUUUACCUCUGGAACCGCAGCAGGACGAAGCAGAGGAAAGGGACCGGGGAGCGGAAGACGCCAGAAGGCAGCGCCAGUCCUGUUCAGGGCCAAGACGGCGCGGCUCGAACCAACCCAGAGGAGGGGAACAUGAGCCCUUUGGACCGCGCCCAGGCUGCAAAGAAUAAAGGCAACAAGUACUUUAAGGCCGGCAAGUACGACAAGGCCAUCCAGUGCUACACCGAGGCCAUCGCUCUGUGCCCCAAAGAGCAGAAGACCGACCUGUCAACGUUUUACCAGAACAGAGCCGCAGCGUACGAGCAGCAGCUGAAGUGGACAGAAGUGGUCCAGGAUUGCUCUCAGGCGGUGGAAAUGAACCCGCGCUACAUCAAGGCUUUGUUCAGGCGGGCUAAGGCUCUGGAAAAACUGGACAACAAGAAGGAGUGCCUAGAAGAUGUCACAGCGGUGUGUAUUCUGGAGGCCUUCCAGAACCAGCAGAGCAUGCUGCUUGCUGACAAGGUGUUGAAACAGCUGGGGAAAGAGAAGGCCAAAGAAAAAUACAAGAAUCGAGAGCCGAUGAUGCCUUCCCCUCAGUUCAUUAAGUCGUACUUUAGCUCGUUCACGGAUGACAUCAUCUCCCAGCCGCAGCAGAAGGGGGAGAAGAAAGAUGAAGACAAGGACAAGGAGGGGGAAGCAGCAGAAAUCACCGAGAGCUCUGGCUACUUGAAGGCGAAGCAGUACAUGGAUGAGGAGAACUACGACAAAAUCAUCAGCGAAUGCACCAAGGAGAUCGAGUCAGGAGGCCGAUACGCUGCGGAGGCGCUGCUGCUGCGAGCCACCUUCUACCUGCUGAUAGGAAAUGCUACUGCUGCCCAGCCUGACCUGGACCAGGUCAUCAACAUGCAGGAGGCUAAUGUGAAGCUACGAGCAAACGCUUUGAUCAAGCGUGGCAGCAUGUACAUGCAGCAGCAGCAGCCUAUGCUCUCUACGCAAGAUUUCAACAUGGCCGCCGAGAUUGACACCCGCAACCCGGACGUAUAUCACCACCGGGGCCAGCUGAAGAUCCUGCUGGACCAGGUGGACGAAGCAGUGGGAGACUUCGAUGAGUGCAUCCGCCUCAGGCCUGACUCGGCACUGGCACAGGCACAGAAGUGCUUUGCACUUUACAGACAAGCUUAUACUGGAAACCACCCGUCGCAGGUACAGACGGCCAUGGAUGGCUUUGAGGACGUAAUCCGAAGGUUUCCAAAAUGUGCUGAAGGCUAUGCUCUUUAUGCUCAGGCUUUAACCGACCAGCAGCAGUUUGGAAAAGCGGAUCAAAUGUACGACAAGUGCAUCGAACUGGAGCCAGACAACGCUACUACAUAUGUUCACAAAGGUUUGUUGCAGCUUCAGUGGAAGCAAGACCUUGACUUGGGUCUGGAGCUCAUAAGUAAGGCAAUUGAGAUUGACAACAAAUGUGACUUUGCCUAUGAAACUAUGGGAACCAUUGAAGUUCAAAGGGGCAACCUGGACAAAGCGAUAGACAUGUUCAACAAGGCCAUUAACCUCGCCAAGUCCGAGAUGGAGAUGUCCCAUUUGUACUCGCUAUGCGACGCGGCGUACGCCCAGACGGAAGUGGCUCGCAAGUACGGCCUCAAGCCCCCCACGCUGUAACGUCCCAGCCGAGCCGUCAACACCCAACUGUGUUACCGUUUGAAAUAAAUGUGAUUUGUAAAGAAAUACUGCAUAUUAUCAUGGAAAAGAAUACCCUGAACAUGUCGUAUGGUGUUAGAACGGCAACAGGAGGAUCUCUAUUCACGAGCCCGGUCUCUGGUUGUCUCUGUGUCCGGAUGCGGUUUGACCAACGCUGCUCCUUGCCGUCACCUGUUUCAGCCCAAGCAAAAUUGUGAAAUCGUUUCGGUACUCAAAAUAAAGGGUGGAGGGAAAACGUAUAUGAAUGUCCAUGUAUGUCUGUUCAAAGUAAUUCACAGAAGAGCACAGACGUGUGCCGUUUGUUGAUCCGAUCACUGACUUUUUGGCUUUUUGUAACCUUUAAAUACUUUGGAGAGUUCUGAGGUUGUGAUGCAGUGUUCACGUGGCACUUCAUGCUGAUCUGAAGGGGUUUUCUCAGCUGCUUCCAUUUUGUAACAUAGAUCUUCAGUUGUGAAUGCAAGAUGAUAACUGUAGCCUGUUGUGAAAUGUCUAUUUGCAAUGCUGGAAUGGAUCCCAUGGAUACUGGCCCCAAAAGAGGCCUGUUUAAUCUUUUUUUUUUUUUUUUUUUGUAACUAUGGGUUUGCCUGUUUUUGUUCUGUUUUUUUUAAUAUCAAAACUUUGUGCAGCAUGCUCACUUUGUAAAUGUAAAUGCAAUGCUCAAGCUGUCUUGAACACUAGAAAACUCUUAAUGUAUACGUGACUUGGACAAAGCCGCUUUUAUCAGACAGACUUAGCCAUAUGUGUUUUUUUUAUUUUUAAAUAUCCUCCAGUCUCUGCAGAUAUCACAUGGAAUAAGUUGGAGGGGAUUUUCUAGCUCAUGAGUGAAUCGAGAUUAAUCUUUUUUUUUUUAUCGUGGUCGUUUUUCAUUUAUGUUUGAUUCCAGCAUUUGUCCAAGUUCUUAAGACCUUUGCUAUUUUUCUCCCCUCAUUUUCUAAAAGGAUCUUCACAUUGCUGACCUUAUGGGUCCCGGCCCAGGCGGUCUCUUCAGACCUGUUUUCUCAUCGAAUAGCUUCCCUAUGUGUUUUUUUAUUAUUUAAGUACCCAACUGUAUUUAAUUUGGCAUGCACAGAGUUUUUCUUUUCAGUUUUUACAGAACUAAAAGACCCCUCCAGCUCUGAGACCCGAUCCCUCCCGAAGCAGCAGUGGCAGAUUUUUACACAUCGGGUAAAUCAGAGAAUCUGAACGCAGAGGGACUGCUCAAAGUUAACAGGAUUUAACCCCAAGAGAAAAAAAACAGAUGUAACCCAAGUUAUGACUGAUUUAAAAAAAAAAAAAAACUGUUUAAUGUUCAUGGUGACCAAAGUGGAAAUAAUGAAAAUCCUAAUAAAGUUCUGAUUCUUUGAA